ACACUGCUAGAAAGUCCACAAGAUUCCGCCACUCCUCGCUUCCUCAGUCCUCGUCACUCUCACUCUCACUCUCACACCGUUGACCGCAUCGUCGUCGGCAGUCGCCAAUGGAGGCCGAUCCACAUCCGGCGGUGGUGCUGCACGCCUGCUUGGGCGUGGGCCACCUCACCCCCAUGGUGGAGCUCGCCAAGCUCUUCCUCGGCCGCGGCAUCCCCGUCGUCAUCGCCGUUCCGACCCCUCCGGCCUCCACCGCCGAUAUCUUCGCCUCCUCAGCCCCCGCCGUCGCCAGCCUGGCCGCCGCCAACCCCACCAUCUCCUUCCACCACCUCCCGCCCCCGGACUACCCCAACCCGGACCCGGACCCCUACCUGCAGAUGGUCGACACGCUCCGCCUCACCGUGCCGUCCCUCCUCGCCUUCCUCCGCUCCCUCCCCUCCGUCGCCGCCCUCGUUCUCGACACCUUCUGCGUCGACGCCCUCGACGCCGCUGACGAACUCGGUGUCCCGGCGUAUGUCUACUUCACCUCCUCCGCCGCCUACCUCGCGGCGUUCCUCCACCUCCCCCACUACCUCGCCACGACGGACGGCGGCGACUUCAAGGACAUGGGCAAGGAUCUCCUCCGCUUCCCCGGCGUCCCGCCGAUCCCUGCCUCGGACAUGCCCCAGAUCGUGCAGGACCGCGCGAGCCGGACCUGCGCCGUGCGGAUGGGGCAAUACGGGCGCAAACCGGAGGCCCGGGGCUUGCUCAUCAACACCUACGAGCGGCUGGAGGCGAGGGCCGUGACGGCGCUCCGGGAGGGCGCCUGUGUCCCGGGCCGCCCGACGCCGCCGGUGUACUGCAUCGGGCCACUGAUCGUGAAAGGCGAGGCGGCUGCACAAGCGCAGGGCGCGUGCUUGUCGUGGCUGGACGAGCAGCCGGAGCGGAGCGUGGUGUUCCUCUGCUUCGGCAGCUUGGGAGCGAUGUCGGCGGCGCAGCUCAAGGAGAUAGCGCGCGGGCUCGAGAACUCCGGCCACCGCUUCCUGUGGGUCGUGCGGAGCCCGCCCGAGGACCCGGCCAAAUACUUCCUGCCUCGCCCGGAGCCAGACCUGGACGCGCUCCUCCCCGAUGGGUUCUUGGAUAGGACGACCGCGAGGGGGAUGGUUGUGAAGAUGUGGGCGCCGCAGGUGGAGGUGCUGCGGCACGCCGCGACCGGCGCGUUCGUGACGCACUGCGGGUGGAACUCCGUCCUGGAGGCGGCGUCGGCCGGGGUGCCGAUGCUGUGCUGGCCGCAGUACGCCGAGCAGAGGGCGAACAAGGUGUUCGUGGUGGACGAGAUGAAGUUCGGAGUGGUGAUGGAAGGGUACGACGAGGAGCUUGUCAAGGCAGAGGAGGUGGAGAAGAAGGUGAGGCUGGUGAUGGAGUCCGACGAAGGGGGAAAGCUCCGGGGAAGGCUGGCAUUGGCCAAGGAGAAGGCGGCGGAGGCGCUGGCGGACGGCGGGCCGUCGCGGAUGGCGUUCACCGAAUUCUUGAAGGAUCUGAAGCUCCACAAGUGAUCAAACAACCUGACUGUAGGCUGUAGCUAGAGCUUAUUGGAAAUUUGCAACCGGUGACUCUGAAGGUUUGCAUCCAUUCCCUCUUGUGAUCAAACAAUCCCUUGUGAUAGUAGUUAUGCUAUGCAGAUUUGAUUAGCUGCUUCAGCAAUUA